UAAAAACGCCCCUGUGGCUUGCGGAACCAAUUAAAUCCCCUCUCGCUGCGUGCAUGCCAACAUGAACACCGACAUAAACACGCUUCAUUAACCCUCGCCGUGACGAUCUCCGGUUCGCGUUGAGAGGCUGGAGUGCAAAUGGCAGAGCAGGAGGAGCAGCAGAUAACAGCGCUGGACACGCCGGUGACUGGUCCGUCGGACACGGGGCGAGCGGUGGCUCUUGCCCGGCUAUUGCACCACGAAUGUAGUCGUCUGCUCCAGCUAUUCAAAGAAAGGGAGACCUUCUUGUCGGACACCACCCCUGAUGGAGGACGCUUGGUGUCCCCGUCCCCAGACUCGGAGGAGCCUAGCACGGAGCAGCAGGUGCGGUUGCUGCACUCAGCUCUGCGGCAGUGCCUGGGGCUGAUCCACUGUGUCAUCCUGAAGGAAGAGGAGGAGUGGGGUGAGCUGGAGGGCGACUACGAGACCAUGAGGAAGAACGUCCGACUCCGCCUGGAGCACCUGCUCUUCAGCACCAAAAGUCUGGUGGAGACCGAGAACAUGACCCUGGAAGUCACCCCAGACCAUCAGUGCAAUGAGGAAACUGAUGGCGCUGGGGGAGCUUUCGGGCUCAAAAUGUGGACCUAUCGAGUGCUGCUGGAGCUAGUCCACUGGUCUGACCAUGCUGCGCAGACCCUCCAUGUCUUACACACAGAGAGGGAAGGAACACAAGAGAUCUGAUUUUCUUAGUCUCAAUCCAACAACGUCUAUGAAUGAACUCACUCAACACUAACAGCCAGCUUUCCCUUUCAUGUAUUCCAAAUUGAAUAUUAAGCAGUGUGGGAUAUACUCUGUGAACACUAGAGGUUAUAAAAUGUGCUGCUUAACUAAAAUCACAACUAAGCUCCUUUAACAAAGCCCUGUAGACAGCUUUUCCCAGACGUUGGUAUUUCCACAGCAAGUGCUAAAAUGACCUCUAGUUUGCCUCGGUUGCUAUUUCCUUUGACAAAGAAGUGAGUGCAGACCUUUAACUGUAUAAAGGUUGGUUUGCUUUGUGAAGUGGCAGAGUUAGACUGUUUGAAAAUGUAUUUUUUUUGUAUACAGUGUGUAAUUUAUUUUUAUUUAAAUGGAUUUGCCUUUGAUGACUAAUUAUCUGCUGUUCCUAACACUCCAAUAUCUAAGAAACGCUAGAAUGUAACCAAAAACACAACUGAUAAACUGUGACUGAUGUGCAGCUGAAUCUGUAGCCAUUAGCUAUUUUAAUAGAUCACUGAGCUUUUAAUGUCACACCUUAUUAACAUAUCUAAUCUAGAUAAUUCCAUAUCAGAUCUCGUGUUGUCACGUAUAGACUGAAUGCUUGUAAUGUUUAUGGUUCGGCACAAUCUGUGAUGAUCAAGUGUCAUGUUUGCUGCUCUGGUCACCAAGUUCUCUCCUGAUGUUAUACUUGAAUAUGCUGCUGCACCGUUCACAAGUUUGAACUGUAAAUACAGUCGUUCUCAAAUCUUUUCUGUCAUGCCCCUCUUAGGAAGGAGAGAGGAAGUUUGAGAACCACUGUGGUAGAUUUUUAGUUUACAGUAGGAAUGUACUGUCUCGCCAAAUGUAUCAAACACACUGCACUCAUGACAAGCCCUUUAACAUUUCAUCAGUAGCUUUUACAGCAACUGUAGAAAUCGUCAUUUGCUUUUUCACUAGUUAGACCUCCAAACCAACAUAUCCUUAAUGUGACUUUGACUAGUAGCAAUUUCAGUUCUCACCAGUCAAAAUGUCAAUUCUUGAUUCUUAGUUAAAAUGACCACUGUAGUUAUCUGUUACUUAAUUACAACUAAUUAGCUUUUACCAUUGACUUCUAUUCAAAGUCAUUUACAGAUGAUUAAAAUUGUAAAAGGUUAAAAUUCCAAGUUGACAUAUUCAUAAUAUACUUUUCCGCAAUGUAAUUUUGACUAGUAGCAAGUCCAAUUCUCACUAGUCAAAAUGUUAAUUCUUGAUAUCAAUGAUUAAUUUAUUAGUGUGAAUGAUCAUUGUAGAUAUCUGUAACUUAAUAACAAGUCAACUUUUACUAUUGACUUCUAUUCAAAGUCAUUUACAGAUAUCUAUAAUUAAAAUAUUAACGUGUUAAAAUUCCAUGUCGACAUAUCCAUAAUGUAAGUACACUAGAAGCAAUUCCAAUUAAAUUAUUUACAAUUCAUUUCUCACAAGUCAAAAUGUUAAUUCUUGAUAUCAAUGAUUAAUUUAUUAGUGGAAAUGAUCAGUGUAGUUAUCUGUAACUUAAUUACAACAAGUCAAAUUUUACCAUUGACUUCCAUUCAAACUCAAUUGCAGAUAUUUAUAAUUAAAAUUUUAACAGGUAAAAAUUCCACGUUGACAUGCCAAUAAUCUAAUUUUGACUCGUAGCAAUUCCAAUUAAAGAUAUCUACAAAUCAUUUCUCACCUGUCAAAAUGUUAAUUCUUGAUAAUUCUUGAUUCUUUGUUAAAGAGAUCAUUGUCGUUAUCUGUAACUUAAUUACAACUACUCAGUUUCUACCAUUGACUUCUAUUCAAAGUAAUUUACAGAUAUCUAUAAUUAAAAUUUUAACAGAUUAAAAUUCCAAGUCGACAUAUCCAUAAUGUAAUUUACCAUAGUAUAAUUUUGACAGUUAGCGAUUCUAAUUAAAGAUAUCUACAGUUCAUUUGUCACUAGUCAAAAUGUUAAUUCUUCAUACCAAUGAUUCAUUUAUUAGUGGAAAUGAUCAUUGUAGAUAUCCGUAACUUAAUUACAACAAGUCAGCUUUUACCAUUGACUUCCAUUCAAACUCAAUUACAUAUCUAUAUAUAUCUAUAAUUAAGUUUUGACGUGUUAAAAUUCAAAGAAGCCAUAUCCAUAGUGUAAUUUUGGCUUGUCAGAAUUGAAUUUAAGAUGUCUAAAAUUCCAUAUAUAUCUGUAAUGUAGGAACAAUGUACAUUUCAGCUACUAAGAAUAUAAUUGUUAAUAUCGAUAAUUAACAUUUUGACUAGUGAGAAUUGAGUUGCAGAUAUCAUUAAUUAGAAGUGCACCCAGUCAAAAUAAUAUUAUGGAUAUGUCAACUUGGCACUGUAACACGUCAAAGUUGAAUUGUAGAUAUCUUCAAUUGAGUUUUAAUAGAAGUCAAUGGAAGAAGUUGACUAGUUGUAAUUAAGGUACAAAUAUCUCUCGUGAACAUUCACAUGAGAAAUGAGUUGUAGAUAUUUUUAAAUUGCAACUAAUUAAAGUUGGAUUAUUUAUGUCAGCUCAGAAUUGUAACUAGUGUAAAAUUACGUUUGUCCUAGUAACAGUUUUAUCUGCAAUGUGUACAAUUCCUUCUUAUAACUAGGCAGAAUUGAAUUUUAGAAAUCAAAAAAGUGCGACCACAUCAAUAUGCGAAUUUAACAGCUGACCAAUGGCUUUGUGCUACUUAAAUGAUAUGAUGUCCACAUAUUUGAAAUGGUUUGUUGAUAUGCCAGACAUAUCAGAAAUACAUUUGUUGACAUCUGGAAUGAUAAAUUACAUUUCCACUAGUGGGAAAUUAAUUAUAAAUAUCUGCAAUUGUUAUUUUUACUGGUGAAAACUGAGUUACUGAUAUCUAUGAUUAAAUAAAAUUAAGAUAUCUGUAUAUCACUUUUAACUAAAUGUAAUUUCUACAUGUUUAAAUAUGUUUUUAACAUUGUUAAAAUUGUUUUACAGAUAUCUUUGACUAACAUAUUAACUAGUCAAAAUGACAUUUUGACAUGUUCAAAUAUCAUCUCCACAAGUGAAAACAAAAUGGCUCCUCGUCAGUCCUGCUGAUGAAACGUUAAAGGGCUUGCCAUGCUGCACCACAACAACUUCAUGGUACCGUUCAAUGCCUGAUGCAGCAUAGACCCACUGAGUGAAUGAACUGUGACUUCCAGACUUGUUGGUAUGGUGGAUUUCUUACUGCCGUGUUUUUCCUUUAUCUCCGUGAUGAAUAACUGGAUGUGCAUUAAAGAUUAUAACAGUCGUAA